AUGGUGGUGCUAUGGUUGACUCUGGCUUCAGCUUGCCUGGCCUCUACGUUGCCCAUUGUUGAUUUGGGAUAUGAACGUCACCAAGCGCUUUCCUACAAUACUACCAGUGGCCUCUAUAACUUUGACAAUAUCCGCUAUGCAGCUCCCCCGGUGGGAGAUCUUCGAUUCCGGGCACCGGCUGCCCCGAAAGUGAAUCGCCAACACAUCCAGAAUGGCUCUGUCCCCCGAGUAUGUCCCCAGGCGGCACCUGUUUGGUCAGGGGCUCAGACUACCUUUGUGCUGGACUAUCUCGCCGGCGUGCCUUUCAAUGGGUCGUCAGACAUCUCGGACUAUCCGUACACACCUACCAAGCAAGAAGCCUCGGUUUCGGAAGAUUGUCUCUUCCUCGAUGUCACAGUUCCCAAGAAGGUCUUUGAUCGCACCAAGGCCACGUCAAACCGGAAAAAUCUGGCACCUGUGCUGGUGUGGAUCUUCGGUGGUGGAUACAUUGCUGGAGACAAGACCACCAAUGAUGCUCGUGGGCUGGUCCAACGGAGCACCAUCGCAGGCCACGAAGGUGUUGUAUACGUCGCGAUGAACUACCGACUGGGUGCAUUUGGUUGGCUCGGUGGUGACAGCGUCAACGCCAAUGGCACUGCUAAUGCCGCCCUCCACGACCAGCGCUUCGCUCUGGAGUGGGUGCACAAGAACAUCCACUUGUUCGGCGGUGAUGCGUCCCGCGUCACUGUGAUGGGAGAGUCUGCUGGUGGAGGUUCGAUCAUGCAUCAGCUCACGGCCUAUGGCGGCAAGCGGGGCUCCCCUCGUUUUCAGCAGGCGAUUGUCCAGAGCCCUGGAUGGGUGCCUUACAUCGGUGAAGAACAGCAGGAAGAGACUCUGCAGCAGUUCUUGGGAUUCCUGAAUGUCAGCACCAUUGAAGAGGCCCGCACCCUGUCCUCGGACAAGGUGAUCGCUGCCAACUCAGCCCAGAUUGGGAUCAAGUCCAAGUGGGGAACGUUCACUUAUGGUCCGGCCGUUGACGGCACUUUCGUGCCUGCUCUGCCUGGUCAGCUGUUGCUUGAGGGCAAUUUCCACCACGAUGUGAAUUUGAUGGUUGGGCAUGUGGCGGAUGAGGGAUUGCUCUUCACCAACCCGGCGAGCUACAACCGCUCUGGACUCGGCAUCCAGCUGUCCACUCUGGCCCCUGAUAUCAUGAAGGACGUUUUUAACUUUGUCGAGAAUAUUCUCUACCCCGCGGUCUACAAUGGGACCUUUGGGUAUGCCGAUUCGGUCGCUCGCUCGGCACUGUUUGUCUCGGAUAUGCUCUUCCAGUGCAACACCAAUUACCUCAACCGGGCGUACAAUCAGACGUACGCCUACGCCUUCAACAUCGCCCCGGGACUGCACGGACAGGACGCUGCGUACACUUUCUACAACGAGGGCAAUACCGAGGUUAGCAGCACCUCCACCAACCCCCUCAUGGCCGUGAGCAACGUCACUGUCGCGUUGGCGAUGCAGGACUACUUCCUCAGCUUCGCCGAGCACGGUGUACCCACCUCUAGCCUUGCGCCGACCAUCAAACCGUGGGGUCCGCAGGGUCAGCUUAUGAGCCUCGAGACCAAGCAGAUUCGAUCGAUUCCGGAUUCAACCAACAACGCGCGCUGUGCGUUCUGGCAGCCUGCGCCGUAUUUCUCUGUAUAA